AAGUUCUUUACUGGAAAUUCAGAUGUUGAUGAUAUUCUGCUGCUAUUUUAAUGUAUAUAGUAUAUAGAUGAUUAGUGACAAGAAGGCAGUGAUCUCACGCCUCUCCAUCUCCUCCUAUUUCCCUCAUCAAGGCAUCUUCACAUCUUAGUGAUCUGAUAUUGAUUCUUUCUUCUUCUUUUCUUUUGAGAAGUUCAUGCUCAAUAAUUUUUUUCUUGUAUGUAAUUUGAUGUUGUAGAAGUUUAUAACUUUUUCAAUUACUUUUCUUCUAUCUGCAAGCUGCCCAAAAGCAAAAGCUCUAAUUUUCCCUUUCUUUUUUUCCUUCCAUGUACAAACGAAUAUAAACCAGACUGCUGCCACUUGAAAACUUAAGAUCUUUUUGAAUUAAAUUUAUGCAAUUUUAAAUUAUUGCAUGUUAAUGCCUUUCUUGUUUGACUGUCUUCCAGCUAGGUACUCGAAUAGAUGACUAAUUAUUGGUUAUUUUCUUUUUCUUCGUGUCUAAAGAAAGCUUAGAGAUGAUGGGGGAAGAGGGUAGCGACAGAAGAAGCAGAGAAGUGAAGUAUCAGAAGAGCUACUUUGAUGUCUUGGGCCUCUGCUGCUCCUCUGAAGUACCCCUGAUUGAAAAGAUUUUAAUGCCAUUGGAUGGCAUCCAUAAGGUCUCCGUGAUCGUUCCUUCAAAGACGGUCAUAGUAGUCCAUGACAGCCUCCUCAUUUCUCAGCUUCAGAUAGUUAGAGCUCUCAACCAGGCAAGGCUCGAAGCCACAAUACGUGCAUAUGGCACGGAUAGCAUCAUCAAGAAAUGGCCAAGUCCAUAUGUAUUGGCCUGCGGGGCGCUGCUGCUGGUCUCACUGUUCAAAAAGUUCUUCCAUCCCCUGCAAUGGUUCGCCUUAGCAGCAGCUGCGGUCGGCGCACCGCCUAUCAUAUUCAGAAGCAUUGCUGCACUCCGGCGAUUCACACUGGACAUCAACAUCCUCAUGUUGAUUGCAGUUUGUGGGGCAGUUGCCCUUGGGGACUACUCCGAGGCAGGGUUCAUUGUCUUCCUCUUCACUGUAGCUCAAUGGUUGGAAUCAAGAGCCAGCUAUAAGGCCGCCGCCGGGAUGUCAUCGCUGAUGAAGAUGGCCCCACAGAAGGCUGUUCUAGCGGAAACAGGCCAGGUCGUAGACGCCCGAGCUGUAAAGAUCGGCACCAUCCUCGCCGUCAAAGCCGGAGAAGUGAUCCCAAUUGAUGGAGUGGUGGUCGACGGGAGGAGCGAAGCUGACGAGAGGAGCCUGACCGGAGAGUCUUUCCCUGUUGCCAAGCAAGCCCAGUCCUCGGUUUGGGCUGGCACGCUCAACAUGGAUGGUUACAUCAGCGUGAGGACAACUGCUUUGGCCGAGCACUCUGCCGUGGCCAAAAUGGCGAGGCUGGUGGAAGAAGCCCAAAAUAGCAGGUCUAAGACCCAGAGAUUGAUAGAUUCUUGUGCCAGGUAUUACACACCAGCUGUGGUGAUGGCAGCGGCGGGCUUCGCAGUGAUUCCUUUGAUAAUAAGGGUCCAUAAUCCCAAACACUGGAUCGAGUUGGCACUGGUCCUUCUCGUGAGUGCCUGCCCAUGCGCGCUGGUGCUAUCCACUCCGGUUGCAGCCUUCUGUGCGCUCUUGAAGGCAGCAAGGACAGGGCUUCUCGUCAAAGGAGGGGAUGUUCUUGAAGCCCUGGCCAGGAUUAAAGUAGUGGCUUUUGACAAGACAGGGACCAUAACAAGAGGAGAGUUCGCUGUCGUUGAGUUCCGUUCGAUCAACAAUGAGGUCAACCUGCAUGCGCUUCUUUAUUGGGUUUCAAGCAUCGAGAGUAAAUCAAGCCACCCAAUGGCAUCUGCACUUGUUGACUAUGCUCGGUCAAAUUCCAUAGAACCAAAACCAGAUUGUGUGAGAGAAUUUCACAUCUAUCCUGGCGAGGGAAUUUAUGGAGAAAUAGAUGGAAAAAACAUUUAUAUUGGAAACAAAAGAAUAGCUGCAAGGGCCUCAUGUGAGACAGUUCCAGAGUUGGACGACAUCAAGGAAGGAGUUACUCUGGGGUACAUCUUCUCUGGUACUGUAGCAAUUGGAGUAUUUACUCUCUCUGACACCUGCCGAACAGGGGCUACAGAAGCAAUCAAAGAGUUAAAAUUGCUAGGUAUAAAGACCGCAAUGCUUACAGGAGACAGCGCUGCAGCAGCCAUGCAUGCCCAGAAUCAGAUAGGGCAUGCCAUAGAAGAACUUCAUGCAGAACUUCUACCGGAAGACAAAGUUUGUAUCAUCAAUGACCUCAAGACCAGAGAAGGAUCUACAGCGAUGGUUGGAGAUGGGAUGAAUGAUGCACCUGCAUUGGCUAUGGCUGAUGUGGGGAUCUCAAUAGGGAUAUCAGGUUCGGCAGUUGCAAUGGAGAUCAGCCACAUAGCCCUCAUGUCAAACGAUAUCCGAAAGAUCCCAAAAGCCAUUCGACUUGCAAGAAAGACACAUUUCAAGAUCAUUGGGAACAUUCUCUUCUCUGCAGUAACUAAAAUCGCCAUCCUUGCAUUGGCUUUUGCUGGCCAUCCACUUCUCUGGGCAGCUGUCCUAGCUGAUGUUGGCACAUGCCUGCUUGUAAUCUUGAACAGCAUGAUGUUGUUACAAACAAGAACCCAGAAGGAGAAGAAAUGCUGUGGUUCUCUACACAAGCCGCUUGUGCAAAGGCCUGCAUGUGUGGACCACUGUGCCAAUGGUGCACACAAAUCUGCAAGCACUUGCGGACAACUAAACAGUUCAAGUUGCCUGGAUAAGCAUAGUUGCCAUGACCACAAGGAGGCAGAGGAAGUAAGGAUACACAACUGCGAGAAACAAGAAUGUCACAAGGAAUCACCCAGCCAUUAUCAUUGUUUUCAGGAAUCAGUUAUACACACAAUGAAUGCAACCCAAGAGCACCUGAUUUCGAUCACUCCAGCAUCAGGGCUUCACGAUGAUCGGUUGCAAAAAGAACAUUCUAUGGAGCCUGCUGCAUGCAACCAUAAACCCAAAUUAAGGGACGAUUGUAGAAGCUGCGUUGCAUGUGGGAAUGUGAAUUGGUCUUUGGACAAUGAUUCAUCGAGGGCAUCUUCAAACAUUUGCAGCAACACAAACAAGAAUGACACAGGUAAGUGCUGCAAGAAUGAUUGGAAAGAAUGCAGGAGCAAAGAUGGCUGCCCUUCACAAGAGAUUAAAGAGAUUGGUGGGUGUUGUAGGAGCUACAUGAAGGAAUGUGGAAAGAAAGACGGUUGCUGUGGAGGAGGCAUAGUACACUUGCCUGAGAUCAUUACAGAUUAGGAGCCAAAGCAUCAUGUAGUUACCUCAUGAUCAUGGAACCAAUAGCAGCCAACCAAUUUUGGGUGCGUCCCCUAGUAAGCAAUUAGAGUAAGUACAGUGAUUGGCCCAUUCCUGUCCAAGAAGACUGAGAGGUUUGGCAACCUGUUGUUUCCCUUGGAUGGAAAAAGGAUCGCAUGCUUAGAAAAUAUAACAUUUGCAGGAGGGUUGGUUGGAAGAUUUUGAUUGUCGACACAUCGUAUAAAACUCUAGUCUUAUACUUUUAAACAAUGCAAGGAAACAUGACAUUGAUUGGUCCUGAAA